AUGGCUGACAACGCGAAUCCGACUAUCCUGAACGCGGCAGACCUGCCUACGCGUCGCCGGCUUUCGUCGCAUUCCGCCACUGGCAAGCCGCGUUCAUUCCUCUUCGACGACAUUGUCCCUGCCGAUUACAAUGAUCCUUUUGCCACCGCUGCGACAGACAGCGGACUUUCACGCUCAUUCAGCUCGUCUUCGUCGGACCUGAACUCGGACAGCGACGAGCUCGCAGAGCCCAUUGAUGAACAAGAGGUUUAUGAUUUGAUAUCCACAAUCUCGGAUCCCGAACACCCACUUAGUCUGGGUUCCCUUGCCGUGGUCAACUUGCCCGACAUCCACAUUGUGCCAGCUGCUGGUUCCUCAGCUUCAUCGCGCAUGCGCACCGUCCUUGUCGAAAUCACACCGACUAUUACUCACUGCUCCUUGGCAACGGUGAUUGGCCUGGGUGUCCGCGUCCGACUUGAACAAGCUUUACCACCUCGAUUCCGAGUCGACGUUCGCAUCAAGGAGGGCACGCACAGUACCGGCGACCAAGUCAACAAGCAGCUUGGCGACAAGGAACGUGUGGCCGCCGCUCUAGAAAAUGGCACGUUGCUUGGCGUGCUGCGCAAGAUGCUCGAAACCUGCCAAUAA